GCACAUAUUGCUUCCACGUCAGAAAGUUUUCUGCACAAAAUCAAAGGGACGAGAAAGCUAUGCAGCAACAAUUCGAGGCCGUGUCCAUGACUGGCGGUCAUGGCACAAACAGCUAUGCUAAUAAUUCCUUGCUUCAGAGAGACGGGGCGAAUCUAGUGAAGACGAUGAUAGAAGAAGCUGUAGCUGAAAAGCUUGAAAUUGAUACGUUCCCUUCAGUUGGGACAUUUAACAUAACAGACUUAGGCUGUUCUGUUGGACCCAACACUUUCUUAGCGGUGCAAACGAUUGUAAAAGCUCUAGAGCACAAAUGUGCAUCGUUAGGCCUUAGUUCUUGUAUGCCUGAAUUUCAAGUGUUCUUUAGCGAUCACUCAUCCAACGAUUUCAACACCCUCUUUGCAUCCCUCCCUCCAAAUAGGCCAUACUUCGCCACAGGCGUUCCUGGGUCAUUCUAUGGCAGACUGUUUCCCAAGGCCUCUCUGCAUUUUGCCUACUCUUCUUAUGCACUUCAUUGGCUCUCUAAGGUGCCAAAAGAGGUGCUAGAUAGAAAUUCUCCGGCAUGGAAUAAGGGACGGGUUAUUUGUUUGGGAGGGCCUAGGGAGGUUUUUGAGGCUUUUUCAAGGCAUUUUGGAAGGGAUGUCGAGGCCUUCCUCAGCGCGAGAGCACAAGAGAUGGUGAGUGGAGGGAUAAUGGGUCUUAUAAUUCUUGGCAGGGAUGAUAAAGUUGCUGAAGCUAAAUCUCCCAUUGGUGUGAUCGGUGGUGUGUUAGGAUCUGUGCUCAUGGAUAUGGCAGCUAAGGGUACAAUUGAGGAAGCCAAAGUAGACUCCUUCAACUUACCAAUAUUUACCCCUACUGCCAAAGAGUAUCAAAAGCUGGUUGAAAGCAAUGGAUAUUUCAGCAUUGAGAAAUUAGAACUUGUACGAGAUGAUUCUGACCGCAGUAGCGACGUGGCUAUAGACCCGAAGAUGUUGGCAAUGCACGGAAGGGCAGCGACAGAAGACAUGGUCAGAAAGCAUUUUGGCCACGAAGUUGUUGAUGAGGUUUACCAAAGAGGCGAGAAAAAGAUCAUGGAGAAUUCCCACUUGUUUAAGAAUGCAAAUGUCCUGUUGCCAUCCUUAUUCGUCAUUCUCAAGCGGAAAGCAGAUCCUCAAAUUGCAUGAUGCUUGCAUUUUAUCUAUUGCAAAUGAACGGUGUCGUUAGCUAUAUAUCUAAAGCUUAGCUUAUCUUCUCAAGAAGUAUUCUUGGGAAUUUUAAUAAGGUGUCUUAGGGUUUGAUCCUUCUCUUAAA